AUGGCUAGGAAGACAGUCAUACUGAAAGACGGGAUCUCGCUGACGGAGGGAGGAGGGCUCCUGCAGGAGUGGAAUGGCAGGGAAGAGCCAGCAGGACAGCAUGCCCUGGAGGACAGCCUCGCAUCCGAGGAUCUGGGGAGCAUGCUGGAGUCCAUCAGAGUGGAGAGGGCCAAAUAUUCACUGAUGUGCUUUCAGUUCCCUGUUGGACGUAUCCACCGUCAGUUGAAGCAGAUGAUUCAAGCAAAUGGUCGUGUUGGUGCCACCACAACCGUCUACUCAGCUGCCAUCCUGGAGUACUUGACUGCCGAGGUUCUGGAGCUGGCUGGGAAUGCUAGCAAGGAUCUGAAGUUGAAGCGUAUCACCCCUCGCCAUUUGCAGCUAGCCAUUUGUGGAGACGAGGAGCUGGACACCCUCAUCAAGGGCACCAUCGCAGGCGGAGGUGUCAUACCGCACAUUCACAAGUCCCUGAUCAACAAGUCAUCCAAGGAGUGAAGACUAGGG